CGAGAGAAGAGGCGGGCGUUUUGUUCUUAUAAGGGGGAAAAAGUUUCUGUGACAUCCAGGAAAUGAGUAACUCGGAAGCCUUUAGAGAGCUGCUGAAGGCGGCAAGAAGGCGGGAACCGACCGGAGUAUCACCGCCCCCAUCCAUCUAAUUGCCCGGCUCGCUGCACCCCGCGGCCGCCCGCCUGCCAACCGCUGCGUCCCGGCCCGUCCGCCCCGCGCGCACAGCCUCGACGCGCGCGGCUUCUUCGCGGCGGGGAGCGGAGGCGAAGGCUAAACGUGAGGACAGGGGGAGCGUAUAAAGACAAGGGGAAGCCCCCAAAGAACACGAAUAAGGCUCUGCCUUCCCUGCGUUUCCGUGGCCGAUCGUUUCUCUGCCCCGCGGCUCGUUCUGGCUUGUGAAGGAAAGCGCCGGCCAUGGCCGUGGGGCUCUUCCGGGUGUGCUUGGUGGUGGUGACGGCCAUCAUCAACCACCCACUGCUGUUCCCGCGGGAGAACGCCACGGUCCCCGAGAACGAGGACGAGAUCAUCCGCAAGAUGCAGGCGCACCAGGAGAAGCUGCAGCUGGAGCAGCUGCGCCUGGAGGAGGAGGUGGCACGGCUGGCGGCCGAGAAGGAGGCCCUGGAAGAGGCUGCUGAGGAGGGGCAGCGGCAGAACGAGAACCGUGCGGCCUGGGACCUUUGGAGCACCCUCUGCAUGAUCCUCUUCCUGAUGAUCGAGGUGUGGCGGCAGGACCACCAGGAUGCACCCUCGCCCGAGUGCCUGGGUGGCGACGAGGAGGAGCUGCCUGGCCUGGGGGGUGCUCCGCUCCGGGGCCUCACCCUGCCCAACAAGGCCACACUGGGCCACUUUUAUGAGCGUUGCAUCCGGGGUGCCACAGCCGAUGCUGCCCGCACUCGGGAGUUCGUGGAAGGCUUCGUGGAUGACCUGCUGGAAGCCCUGAGGAGCCUCUGCAACCGGGACGUGGACAUGGAGGUGGAGGACUUCAUCGGCGUGGGCAGCAUGUAUGAGAACUGGCAGGUGGACAGGCCGCUGCUGUGUGACCUCUUUGUGCCCUUCACGCCCCCUGAGCCCUACAGCUUCCACCCAGAGCUCUGGUGGUCCAGCCGCUCAGUGCCCCUGGAUCGCCAGGGCUACGGCCAGAUCAAGGUGGUCCGAAUCGACGAGGAUGCGCUGGGCUGUAUCUGCGGCAAGACCAAGCUUGGGGAAGACAUGCUUUGUCUUCUCCACGGCAAGAACAGCAAGGUGCGGCCCGGCAGCGAGACGGAAGACCUGCUGUGUGCCAAAGACUCCCAGUACCUGGACACCAUCCAGGUCAUGAAGUGGUUCCAGACAGCCCUCACCAGGGCCUGGCACCGCAUCGCCCGCAAGUACGAGUUUGACCUGGCCUUUGGCCAGCUGGACACCCCGGGGUCCCUGAAGAUCAAGUUCCGCUCAGGCAAGUUCAUGCCCUUCAACCUGAUUCCUGUGAUCCAGUGUGACGACUCAGAUCUGUACUUUGUCUCCCACCUUCCCAGGGAGCCCUCCAGGGGGACCCCAGCAUCUAGCACCGACUGGCUCCUGUCCUUUGCUGUCUACGAGCGACACUUCCUCAGGAUGACAUCGAAGGCACUCCCAGAGGGCGCCUGCCACCUCAGCUGCUUGCAGAUCGUCUCCUUCCUGCUCUCCAAGCAGAGCCGCCUGACCGGCCCCAGCGGGCUCAGCACCUACCACCUGAAGACGGCCCUGCUGCACCUGCUGCUCGCCCGGCGGGCCGCCGACUGGAAGGCCCAGAAGCUCGAUGCUUGUGUCCAUGAGCUGCUCCACUUCCUCGAGAAAAGCCUGCUUGAGAAGAAGCUCCAUCAUUUCUUCAUCGGCAACCACAAGGUGCCGGAGGCCUUGGGACUCCCCGAGGCCGUCCGCAGGGCUGAGCCUCUCAACCUCUUCCGGCCCUUUGUCUUACAGCGAGGUCUGUACCGUAAGACCAUAGACUCCUUCUAUGAGAUGCUCAAGAAUGCUCCGGCACUCAUUAGCGAGUAUUCCCUACAUGUCCCCUCAGACCAUGCCAACCUGCCUCCAAAAACUGUCAUCUUGUAGAGCUGGAGGGCCAGACGCAAGGUAUCGCAGCAUAUCCACGCCCCUGGGGGCAUCUGCAGGCCCUGUCCUAGGAAAACCAUGAGCUUGGUUAGAAGUCUUGGUUCAUCCUGCUGGGGAAGUCAGGUCCUACUGAGCGGAGGAAACCAGCAGCUGGUUUGCUUUCAUGCCACGGGUCUGUUGAUGAAGCUGUCGUUUGGGUUUGGGGGCUGAACCUUUGCAGCUUACUUUUGGAUCACCACGACUGGCCAAGAUGUGACAAAACACUCUGUGGACACCCAGUUGGAGAUCAUUCAGACACUGAUUUGGGUGGUGUUUUUAUAUCUCAUGCCUAGUUUUUACUUGAAUUUCAACAGAGGAUUUGUAAGAAUGCUGACAAGGACUGGUGUUAAGAGCGGCCCAGCACCCCUAAUCUCAGUAGCCCUAGGCCCUAGCCAUCUGCAGCCAAAGCAUUAAUAGGGUCAGAUGUGGGAAUUCACAACCUUAAUUCACAUCCUGCACAACAGCAUGACAAUAGAAGUCCCGCUGUGGCUGCCACUUUUUUAUUCUAUUUGCAGAAAAGACCUGGUAGAGAUUCAGGGCCCCAGAGGGGUGAUAUGUCUGUUAUACACAAAUGGGUACUUGGUGACAGAGAGAAGUUUAAAGCUGGCUGCUGCUGCAGCUACACUUCUCACUCAGGGCGCACCUCCUCCUUCCUGCCCCUUUCCCCAAGCACGGUGGGUGCCACACCGUGCUGUGCACAAGCUUAACCCCUCCUUAUUCUCUCCACAGCAUGGCAGGAGAAGGGCAAGGGCUGCAUGGUGGAAGCCAGUCUAGAGAAAAGGCAGCGUGGGGUGACUGGGACAGACAUAAUGGUGGGGUGCUGGGCGCUGGGGUCUGGCUGGCAGUCUGGCCUCUGAUGCCCAGUUCAGAGAGGGUUACAGAGCUGAGGGGUUGAGGGAUGCCAUAGCCUUCUGUGUUCCCCAGGGCCCCAACUCGAGGGCAGUGGGUGCUUGGACACCAGAGCUGGUGGGGAAACCAGCUUUGCUUCACAGGCCCCCAGGAUCCCUACGUUCUCCACUCCAGCAGGCCUUUCUGCAUGGGCCUUGCUUGCCCCACAAAUGAUGCAGGCUUGGAGAGCCUGGCAGAGACUCAGCUGGCUGGGAACACCCAGGGGCAGCACUGCCAGCCCACCUGCCAGACCUGGGAGAGGCUGCCUUGGCACUGCAGGGGCUGCAGUCACUGCAGGGCUGUGGUCUGAGCCAGGCUCUGUCCCCAGGCCUGGCUUCAGGAGGGCUAGGAAAGCUCUCCUCCACUCAUGGCUUCACUGACACUCUGGGGUCUCCUCUUUUGAUGUUGACUUAAUGACCCUUAGCAACCCUUUCAGAGAGCCAAGGAAGAAGCAAGAAUGAGGAACAAGGCUCCACCAUCACCAGCACCUUUAUGGUCCCUCCAGGGUUUAAACUGAUCAUGCCCCCAGAUAACAUUUGUGCCCAAUUCAACAGGAGUGUCCAGGGCUCUUCAUGAACUAGAGAAAGGAGCUCCUUCCCCUGUCCCCUGGCAUACGCUCACCUAGACUCGGAAAAUUCGAGAAGAUGGACAGUUUGCUGAUAGGGUCAAUUCAUGGUGGUGAGACUGGUGUGUUCAGGGCACUGACUCCUGUAGGAGGCCUUCCCACGUGGGCUGGGUUAGACUGAGCCCUCCCCCGGCCCCACAGCGUCCACAUGUGCCAGGGAAGGAAGCUGCCCACGUGCGUCUCUAACAACAGCCCCGAACCCCCAUUCCAUUGGGAUCCAUUUCCACCAGAAUCGGGGUGAAUUUCCUUAUUUAUUAUGACCUGUACCUUUCCUGUCCCCUGUUUAUUCUUAUCCCAUUGUGCUGUGAAGAGACCCCAGCAACCAAGAAUCAGCCUUCAGAAGCCAAGACCAAACUUGGAUCUCCUUCAGCGUUCGCCUUUGCUUCCUGGAGAAAGUUCACGGAAAAAUAGCUUCUGGCUUCUUGUUUAUACAGAGACAACAGAACUCAGCGGGGAAAUGGGGAUCCUUUAUGUACCAAAGCUGCUUCUGAGGCAGAACACAGUGGGGCUCUUUUCAGACACUUGGUGUUUCAUGCUGCCUUAUUUAUAUUAAAGGAAGAAUUAAAUUCUUGCAAGGAAUAGAAACGGUCAGUGUUUAUAACUUCAGGAAAUCUGUGAGGCUUCCAGGGCAGAGUUGGGGAGGCAGAGGGUGAAUUUCUCAUUGGUGAGUGGAAGCUUUUUAUUCUUGCAAUUUCAGGAAACUUAAAAAAAAAAAAAAAGAACAUUUCUAACCCAUCUUUGAGUGAGACUGCUUUUAUGUUGCCUGCCUAAUUCCAGAAAGAGCCUUUGAAAGAAGGCUGUAGGGGGGAUUCCAACAGAAAACCUCAUUUCACAGAGCUCAUGUGUGGAAGCAGAGGCAAUGGUAAGCUUUUGCUUUUUGAGGAGACUGUCUUUUAAAUAGAAGAGUUCUAGUCCUUUGGGGCACUCUGGCCUUUUACCUAAAGGCAAUCCCAGCCCUCUUUCCCCUAGGAGUCUCUUUUUCCUUCCCAAGAAUGCUUGACUUUUCUCAGCACCUGCACACUUGCUGUGCAAAAUGCCCAGGACUGCACCUCUUGGCCAAGAGUAAAUGAGCCAGGUGGCCCCAAGGCUAAGAGGUUGGUUAGGCUGCAGGGGACCCUUAUGUGCUCCUCUCUAUGCUUCCUUGAAGUGCAGCCCAGGCAAGAACCUGUAGGUCCGUAAUCAAGUGUGUCAUCAGAAACACCUGGAGACCUCAGUCAACUGCCCAGUUGGGGCUUCUACAAGGUACCCAGAAUCCCCUUCCAAAGUAGCCAGGUGAGGCUGUUUGUAAAGCUCUCAGGUGGCUGAUGGCACCCCUGGUUGAGCAGGGCUUCUCAACCUUUUUUAUGGAAAGUUAGAGGAAACCCUAGUAGACUGCUUUCCCUACAGCCAUGGGAAAAUGGACCUUGGGGAAGCCACCCAGCCUGCUUGGGAUCGACAGACUGAACAGCCUCAGCUCCGCCACAAGCUUCCUGCACAUGUUCCCACACUCUUGAGAAGCGAGGCAGAGAGAGGGUGGGGGAGGCCAAAGGUAGUGAGCAUUCACUGGGAGCCAACAUGUACAAGGCAUGGCGGGUGGUAGGAAAAAUGAACAUGACCAGACCUGUGCCCUGGGCAGGCAGAGCAAAAUCACUACCCAAGAGCUCACCUGCGAAAAAUGCCAUGAGAGACCAAAGCACAGUGCUACUGGGUUCAGACUACUUAAGGUCUGUUUCUUCAGGUGUAGUCCUGGACUCCACACUUCUAGUUCACCUGGGUGCAGGUUCCUGGGCCACACCACAGAAUUCAGUGGAGCCUGGAGUUGGGCACAGGAAUCUGCAUUUCACCAAGUUCCCCAGGUGAUUGUGACUGUCCAAGAACCAUUGAUACCUGGGGGCAUUGAGGGAAGGCCUCACGGUGGGGGCUGCUGAGCAUGGAAUGAGGCUCAGAAAGCAUGAGAGCAGGCAACGUUUAAGUAGCACCUAUUAUGUGCCAGGCACCCUUCUAACGCAUUUAUAUAGACUCUGAUUCCCACACCAGCGCUAUCAAGUGGGUGCUGUAACUAUUUCCCUGUUUGCCAGAUGAGGAAACUGAGGCACUGAAGGGUUAAAAUGAUUUGUCCAAGGUUACAUGGUGGUAGGUUGCAAAGCCAGGAUUUGACCCCAGGCCAUGCUGGUCUAUACUGAGAAAUGGUGGCAUAUAGGAAUGGAAAGGGAGAGGGGGCCUAAACCACAGCAAGUCUUAAACCCUAAACUAAGGUAAAUUUGCACUUCAUCCAAUAAGCAGUGGCAAGCCAUUGAUGAUUUUUGAGUGAGAUGGGAUGUACCCCAGAACUGUGGAGUCUCAUGUGACCAGUGCUUCAGGGGUUAUGGCCAGCUUCCAGAAUGGGGUUGAUGGCAAUUGUGGCAGCGGUCAGUGAAGUCCAAACUUAGGUCCCUCCCUGGCCUGUGAUUCAGAAUAUUCUCAUGCUCCGUCUGGUCUCUGCCUCCUGGGAGACAGCUGGAAGGUUGUUUUAAUUUGGCCAGGGGACUGCACAUGGAGAGCUCCAAGAACCACGAAGGGAAAUGUGUGCCUUCAACUCAUUCAUCUCUGUCCCACUUCACCCUCUUCCACCUUGGGCCCCACUGCACAAUUCCCACCCCCCAGCCCCCAUGGUUUAGCAUUAAUUUUUUUAAUGCCAUCUAAAGGUAGCUUUUUUUAAAAAAACAAAACUCUUUUAAAUGAACUUGUGUUCUAAAAAAAUUCAACCAGUGACCAAAAAAUUAAAUAUAAAAGCUCCUACUUUUGACUUCCCAGUCCAGUCCCCAGCAAUAACCAAUAUUCAAUUUCUUUGGUAUUCUCUGUUUUAGUUUCCUAGCUGCUAAAACAUACCAUGCCAUGGAUCGGCUUAUUAACAGGAAUUUAUUGGCUCAUGGUGUCAGAGGCUGGAAAGCUUGCUUCCUCCUGGGUUGGUAUCUUCUGACUGGCCAGUGAUCCUUGGUCCUUGGCUUUUCCAUCACAUGGCAAUGCGUAUGGUGGCAUCUUUCUUUACUCUUCCGGGUUCCGUUGACUCCCGGCUUCUGGCUGCUCCCUGUGGCUUCUCUCUCCACCUGACUUGCACUCCAGCCCCAACCCGAUUCAGUGAGGCCACACCUCAACUGAGGAAACAUCUUAUUUGCACCAUAAUGUGAACCAAGAGCAGGAGCAUGUCCGAGUUGGGGUACACAAUUCAAUCCCAACAGCUUCCAGAAUUUUUCUAUGUAUACAUAACAUGUAUGUGUGUUUCUUUUUUUACAUAAAUGGCAUCCAACCAUCUAAUUUUUCUUAGACAUCUUUUUUAGACAUUUGGCUCUGCCUUAUUCUUUAAAAUGGCAGCUUAAUAUCUCAGUAUGCCUUCACCCUCAUUUACGCAGCCUCUCCUACUGAGAACACUUACGCUGUCUCCACUGUUUUUGGUAUUAUAAACAACACUGCAUUGAACAUUUCGGUGCACUGCACACAACCUGUUGUGAAGUAAUCCCCCCUCUCCUGGUAGUUCCUAUGCUCUAUUCACCAACUUGGCUGUAUACAGAUUUACCACUGAGCAUCUUACCAUUAAAAGGAACUCUGUUGCCUCGGAUUUAGUUAAUCAUCAUGAUUUGAGAGUGAGGAAGAAGCCUUUAGCCAAGUCCUGGGUAGCAGCAUGUGCUCUCCCCUGGGCAGGUGCCAGGCGGUAAGCAGAAGACAAGGGCCCUAUCCCCAAGGAACAGGGUCUAGUAGGAGGACAAGACUAACGGCCACAAAAUAAGCCAGGGAUCAAUGAAAGGUGGUAAGUAAGUGAUGGUGAACUUAUGUGGCUCUGCUGCCUGCAUGAGGGGAGCUUGAGAACAGCCAGAUGAGCUUUAAGUUUGAGCUGUACCAAAUUUAGUUCCCUUAUAUACAGGAAGAUGCGAAGAACGUCCCCCAAGAAAAUCAAAUCAACACAAUUGUUCUGUCUCCCAAGUGCUUGUGCUCCAUUCCUCUCAGCCCAGAGCUCGUUUAUGUCUUCCUGAGGCUCCUACUUUAUAGAUGAAAAUGGCAUUUUCCAUCUCUUUGAUGUUCCUCUGCAGCCUCACAAAGAAACCAGCAAAUAAAAAUGUCAACAAAAAAAUGAUCUCCCAGCAAGACAGAACCACAUAAACUUCAGAGACGUUCAAAGUCUUCUCUUCUUCAUGGGAAAAGGUGGGUCUUCCAAAGUACAAAGGGAGAUUUGCAGGACAGGGGGAGGUUAAGGAGUUUGGAAGAGUUUGGUUCCAUUUGUUUAUUUAAACCCCCGGAACAGUGAUGUUUUGGGUUUCUCUUAGCGUAACUCUUGUUUAAAAUAGAAAUAGAAAGCAAAAACCCAGUUCCUGCCUGGCAAGCACCCUUCAGCCUUUCUUCCCAGCUGGCCGGAGAUGACUCACACGGCCCCAAGGCCUUGUUGCUCACAAGUCCCUGGAGAGCGGACUGAGCUACCUGACACCAAAGGUCUCCCGGGACAGCAGCCAGACUCCAACCCCUUCCAAAGGCGUGGCUAGUGCUGAGUCAACCGCCCAGAAGUCUGGAAUUUCCAGGUCAUCCCCAAGAUUCCCAAGCCAAGGAUAACCGGCCAUUGCAUACAUACCCCCUACUCCGGAAUCAGGACCCACCCAGACAAUGUCAGACGCCUUAGGUUGGGCCAAGUUCAGGGCCAGGGCCAUGGCAUUCAGCCAUCUUCAUAGCCACAGCUCUGCCCAGAACGAUUCCUCAGGAGCCCUCUCCACACAUUCGUUUCCUCCUCGCACCAUUUUAUAGUCUGGCCAGGCAGGAAAGCUACUGAAGCAUUACCCAACCAGAACAAAGACUUCAAGCAGCAAGCGUGCACAGCCUGAAUGUUUAAUGAUCUCGAGUCCCACACACCAUGUCUUCUGUCCUAAGCCCCUGUGACCACUCAAUUGGAGGCCCACAUGUGGGGUCCUGCCCACUGGGUGCCCAGACUUCUCCCACGACAAAGCUGGUUAAAGGCCAAUUAGAUUGAGACUCUAGAGACAGUAUAAAGAGCAUAAGGACUAAGAGCUUGGGCUCUGUGUUUAAAUCCCAGCUAUGCUGUGUUGUAGUUCAGCAAGUCUCAUAAUUUCUGAGCCUCAGUUUCUCCAGCUAUACAAUGGGAAUAAUACUGCCCACCACUGAGAAGAUUAAAUGAAUGGGCACAUGUGAAGCACUUAACUUAGGGCUGGAUAAAUAACAAGCUCAACAACAAAAAGCGGCAGCAGUUAUUAUCCUUGCCCUUUGGGGGCUCCUUCCAGUCAAAUCCCUAUUUCCUGGCUCCCCCAGUGGUGAUGAGGCUGUCGCACAAAUGCCUCCUCCCACUGCACUUGAUCUUGGGUGAGUGAGUCUGGCUUCUCAGGGAUCCCUCAGCACCCAGUCUGGGACCUGUAGGAGCUGUUUCCCCCACACCUACCUUAGGGCCAGGUAUGCACUGGGUGCUCAGGAAAUGUUCACAGAACUGACUGGAGGGGAUCGGGGAUACUGCCCCUAGUUUAAGGGAACAGAGAGGGUCUGUUGCCUUGGCCCUUCUGACCUCUCUGCUCCCCUAGUCCCUUGACAGGAGAAGAUCCAGAGCCUAGAUCAAAAGUUGCCAUAGCAACCACAGAGCCAACAAGAGAGUACCAAGCAAGACAUCCUGCCUUCUCUGGAGACACAGGUGCCUCUUCUGGACAGCAAAGGGGAGGAAAGGACCGUAGCAGCUGCCUUCACGAUGGAAGGGGUCUAGGUUCCAUGUCAUCCAACCAUCCAUGCAGUCAAUCAUUCAUCCAAUCACGAGUGCAUGUAUUUGCUCACUCACAAAAACACUGAGUGGUUCUCACUACUAUACACCAGGCACUAUGCUAGGUGCUAGGAAACCAAAGUCAAGUGAGACCCUAUUCUGGCCUUGAGAGCUCCCAGUCUGGAGGGGAGAAGAAGAGGAAGGCAGGGGGAAGGCGAGGCAGGGCUGUCGAGGGCAGGCAGAGGAAGGCAACAUGAAGAGCACAAGCCUACUUGGCUGCCUGAGGACAAACCCCAGCUCUGCCCAUUCCUAGCUGGGUAAUGACUGGGCAAGUUACUUCACCUCUGAGCCUCGGUUUGUCCAUCUGCAAAAUGGGAGUAAUUAGUACUUACCUAUAAGGUGGUGAGGUAUAAAUAAUAUAUGUAAAAUGCCUUGCAUCAGAGUAAGCACUUAAUAAACAAAAGACUUGUUACGGUUCUGACUUGACCACAGAUUUGCUCCCCCACAACCUCAGACUCAGGAUUUUAGGUCAGGGCUUCCUGCAGAGCCUCAUCAGCAGAGCUCCAGCUAACUCAUCUCUUGGCUCCCAGGUUAAACAGCCCCUAUUUCCACUGUGCCUGGGAGGUCUAUGUCCCCCACAGCCCUGCCUUCAGAUUAUUACAACAACGUUCCAGAUAAA